AAAUAGAUACUUCACAUCAUCAUGGCAGAUAUUCCAGAUUAUGAGGGUGACGACGAUAUCAUACAGCAUUACGAGAACCAAGAAUCCGAUGACGAGCUUGGCAGCCGCAGAGAAGCUGAGGAUGUGACUUCCGACAACGAGGCGGGAACUGCAAGGAGAAUCGAUCCAACAAAGUCCAAGUCUAAGUCACACGUAGUGAGAAAUCCUGUGCCUAAACUUAACACAGAAAGACUGACAGGCCCCAAUGGUAUCCAAAUUAUCGAAAAGUAUUUCGAAGGCUUCAAAUUCUAUGGCAAGGGACACGAAAAAAUAGACCUUGACAGAAUCAUGAAGAGAUUGGAACAUUGGUCCUAUCGAUUAUUUCCCAAAUAUCAUUUUGAUGAUUUUCUCACGAGAGUCGAGCAACUAGGAACGAAGAAAGAUUUGCAGGUGUUUAUUAAGAAAUAUCGAUUGGAUAUGAUUACCUUGGACGAUAAUUUGAUCACUAAUGAUAUGGAUAAAGAUGACGAGAAUGAACAGGAAGAAAGUGCGCCUUUGGAUGACUUCGAUUUGCUGAUAACAGAACAAAUUCAAAAACAAAAGCAAGCUGAAACACGGGCUUCUAUCGAUCAAAAUUUAUAAUUUUUUUACAUGUAUAUUGUACUUUCAUGUUUUAUGUAUGCAUACAUUAUGAUUUUAAUUUUUAACACAUGAUAUAACAAGUAGAAUAUCCUACAUUUCGAUGCGAAUUAUAGAUCGUAUGCCAGCUAAUUAAUAUUUGUUAGUUCUACAUACUGCUCGUUCUUGUAAGAUAAGUCGUAUUUCAGACAAUGUCAGAGGGAUUGCGGGUUAUCGCCGUGUCAUCAUCCAUUGUUAAUGGCAUUAACAAUGGAUCACGUCACGGCGAUAACCCGCAAACCUUCUAACAUCUUUGAAGCUCCGGCAUCCAUGGAAGCUUCCGUGGAAAAGUAUUAACAAGCCGUAUUUGCGAAUAAAAGUCAGAAUUGAACAAUCGAAUCCACAAUAAUAUGGAUGAUAUAUAAUAAGGUUAAAAAAAUUUACAGUUAAAGGAUACAAAAAGUGAUAAAAUAAGAUAACUUUUUCAAUAUAAUCACCCUUUAUUUUAAUACAUUUUUAUAUUUCUGCUGGCAUUCUAUCGACAUUCGCAGCAGACAUCUUCAAAAUCUAUUCUCGAUGGAUAUUUGCAGGCUAUGGGAGUAUAUGGUUGUUGAUUUUUAUCUAUAGAUUU